CGCUGCCUGAGGUCAGCAACCAUAACUAAAGUGAAAGGAGUUCUCAAAAUAUCAACAUGAGAACAAAGGAAUGUUCGAUGUUGGAGCGCGCAAUGUAUGACAAAUAGCCAUAUUUACAUUUCAUUGAUCUAAAUUGUAUGAAAAACACCAAAACACAAUUAAGCCAACUUAAGCAUAACGCAACACAUGCGUAGAAUGCGCCUCCGAACUGCGCCGGUUUAGCGAAAUUAGUAUUAUCUGUGCAUCGGUGUGUCUGUGUCGUAGAGAUGGCAACACUGGCCCCGUGGUCAGCGGGCAGGCAACACGGUAAACUGCUGCGCGUCUAUCCAUGUCAAGAGAGUGCAACUUGGGAUCAAUAUAAAUUAAAAAUGUGGAAUCCUCACUUAAAACAACAUUAUUCGUGAUCAUUCGUAAAUGGUAGCGCUCCGCGGAAACUGUAGCGCGCACUUCGGGCCGCGGCGUGUCGUUUUAUCGCGACCCAUCCUCCAUUGCGAAGGCAAAAUGACGGGGCCUUUUUAGUGAAGUGUCGAGACACUCUCGUUAUGUAGUGAACUGUUUUUUGUACAUUGUUGUGGACGGUCGUCGGAUCGUGUUAUUAUGACACGAUGAUUAGUUUGUGGGUGAUCCUUGUGGCGGCGUGGGGAGUGCGCGGGGAACAGGUGAUGCUUUUGGACACGACCACAGAAGCUACAUUGUCGUGGACGAGGUUUCCUUACGGGCCGCAGGCGAGCACGCCGGGGUGGCUCGAGGAGUCGUACACGAACUUCGAGAAGCAGAUAAACUGGCGUUCGUACGUGGUGUGCGAUGUGGCGCACCACAACGUUAACAACUGGUUGUGGACGCCCUUCAUAGAGCGACGGAAUGCGAAUCGCAUUUACAUCGAAAUAAAGUUCACUAUUCGCGAUUGCUCGCUGUUUCCGGGCAACGCUCUAAGCUGCAAGGAGACCUUCAGUUUGCUGUACUAUGAGUUCGACGUCGCGACGCGCGAGCAGCCUCCGUGGGAGCCCGAGAGCUACAAGUUAGUCGGCCCUAUUGCCGCUGGCGAAGGGCGCUUCAACACUAAUUCCGAGGUUGAUAUAAACACUGAAGUAAAAAGCAUUGCUGUCACCAAAAGAGGUGUCUAUUUUGCCUUCAGAGACAAAGGCGCCUGUAUAUCACUACUUGCCGUCAAAGUGUAUUAUAUAACAUGCCCAGAGACCACUAUAAACUUUGCGAGGUUCCCGGCCACUCCUACUGGAAGGGAAGUCACAGUAAUAGAACAGGCCAACGGCACCUGUGUGGAGAAUGCAGAGACUGCUCCAGGUGAGGCUGCUCCUGUAUAUUUAUGCAAAGGUGAUGGCAAGUGGACCCUGCCCAGCGGCUCCUGCAAGUGCCGGGCUGGCUAUGAACCCAACCACCACAACCAGGAAUGUAACGAGUGCCAACCAGGGAAAUUUAAGUCUUACACCGGAGAUGAUCCCUGUGCACCAUGCCCGGACUACUCUGAAACAUUAUCUUAUGCAUCAGUGGAAUGUAAGUGUGUACCUGGCUUUUACAGAGCCAAAAAGGACCCCAAGAAUGUACCUUGCACGCAGCCACCUUCAGCACCUGACAAUUUGACUGUUCUAAUCGCUGAUCAGUUUUCCAUAUCUCUCACUUGGAAGCCCCCACACAAAAAUGGAGGACGGAAUGAUGUCACAUACCGGGUGUACUGCACAAAUUGUGGCCCAAAUGUUGAGUACCGGCCUGCAGCCACCGGCUUAAAUUCCACAAAGGUUACAAUCAGCAAUUUGGAACCAGUGACCGAAUACAAAUUUCAAGUGUUUGCUGAGAAUGGAGUCACUGAGCUCACUGGUGAACCACCAAAGAAAGCAGAAAUAACUGCUAUCACUGAAGCUUCAGUCAGUGUAGUGACAAAACUGAGGGUCUUAAACGCUGAGAGUGAUAAAUUGUCUAUUGCUUGGAACGCACCACCCAUAGAUUCAUCUGACCCAGAUGACACUAUUGAGAGCUAUGAAGUCAAAUGCUUCCCCAAAGACAAUUCUGAGAAAAGUGGUAACACGACACUUAAAUUUACGAAAGAGCCUCACGUGAUUAUUACAGGAUUGAAAAGGGACACGGAAUACGGAAUUAGAGUGAGAGCAAAAAUGAAGAGAGGCUGGGGGGAGUUCAGCAACGUCGUAUACACUAGAACAGGUGCCGUGCAGCAGACCGAGACCAGCUUCGUUGGCGACGAGGAAGGUGCUCAAGUCAGGUUAGUCGCCGGAGUCAUGGUGGCCGUCGUCGUACUCUCAGUAAUAGCCAUCAUAGCGACUGUUCUAUUUCUACGCUCACGAGCAGACGACGAGUGCGACAAGAAACAGCCGAACGACUGCAACGCACUCAACUACAGAAACGGAGAGGUAUACACGGGCCCAGAACGCCCAGCCAAGACUAGCAGCAAUGCCACCACUCCACUCUUCGCCGGCACCGGAUCCAGGACCUACAUAGACCCCCACACUUAUGAAGACCCUAAUCAGGCUGUCAGAGAAUUCGCACGCGAAAUCGACGCUUCUUGUAUCACAAUAGAGGCGAUAAUCGGCGGUGGAGAAUUCGGAGACGUCUGCCGCGGCAAGCUCAAGCUUCCAGCUAGCUGCGGACAAGAAAUAGACGUCGCUAUUAAAACACUCAAACCUGGGUCGACUGAGAGAGCUAGGCGCGACUUCCUCGCCGAGGCAUCCAUUAUGGGGCAGUUCGAACACCCUAAUGUUAUUUUCCUGCAAGGCGUCGUGACUAAAUGCAACCCAAUUAUGAUAAUUACUGAAUUUAUGGAAAACGGGUCGCUAGACACUUUCCUGAGGGCGAACGACGGAAAAUUCCGUGUGCUGCAGCUAGUCGGUAUGCUGAGAGGAAUAGCUACCGGCAUGCAAUAUCUGUCCGAAAUGAACUACAUACAUCGCGAUCUUGCGGCGCGAAAUGUACUAGUUAAUUCCCAACUGGUCUGCAAGAUUGCGGACUUCGGUCUGUCGCGCGAAAUCGAGUCGACAGCCGACGGAGCAUACACGACCCGAGGGGGUAAGAUCCCAGUCCGGUGGACUGCUCCAGAGGCCAUCGCGUUUAGAAAAUUCACAUCGGCCAGUGACGUCUGGUCCAUGGGCAUCGUUUGCUGGGAGGUCAUGAGUUUCGGCGAGCGGCCAUAUUGGAACUGGAGCAAUCAGGACGUCAUAAAAUCUAUAGAGAAAGGUUAUCGCCUCCCGGCGCCUAUGGACUGCCCAGAAGCAGUUUAUCAGUUGAUGCUCGACUGCUGGCAAAAGGAACGCACGCAUCGGCCUACGUUUUCCAGCAUCGUGAAGACGCUGGACAAGCUCAUACGUUGUCCUGACACGCUACGUAAAAUAGCGCAGAAUCGUUCGGCGGACCCUCUCGCAGGCGACACACCAGACAUGAUCCAGUUCUCGUCGGUAGAAGAAUGGCUGGAGUGCAUCAAAAUGUCUCGUUACAUAGAGAAGUUCCGAGCGGCGGGCAUAGCGGACAUGGACGCGGUGGUGGACCUAACCGUGCACCAGCUGGCGUCGCUCGGGGUGACCCUUGUGGGCCAUCAGAAGAAAAUAAUGAACAGUGUCCAAAACAUGCGGGCGCAGAUCCGCGUCAGCGGCCCGUACGGUUUUUUGGUGUGAGUGAAAGUGAUCUCGUUCGUUCGAAAUGCAUUAUGUAUAUUUUUCUAAAACUCUCGUAGUGCUAGGGUGAUACUGAUAUGCUAAGAGAAUUUAACUAUUUUGCUGUAUUUAUUUUACUGGCUUUUACUAUCGGCCUACUCCGGCAACCGUCUUAACCACAACGAAAGAGAGCCAUACUUAUUUUAGAGCUAUAUCAAGAGACUGGGCCUACUCUCGACUGAACUCUUUUUGUGAUCUUUUAUUUUAUUUUUUUAAUGAUUAAUUAUAGUUAUUUUAUGAAUAGCGAAGUACAAUACAAAGUAAGAGCUUGUGUUCUAAAUAUCUAAAUCUAAAACAUAUUAAUCGUAGCUAGAGAAUUUCGCGGUACACAUUUCGAUGUUCUUAUUUGUAUAUUCAUGGUUUUUGAUAUCGGGACAUAGUAUAAAGGUGUUAUGUGUAAGUAGUGUAAUCCCUGUAGAUGAUAUAUGACUUAUUUACUAUAUUAUGUGAUCAAAUUCGAGUACUUAACGUAACUUGCCGUGUGCAUUUAAUUUUGUAAAUAUUUCUUGAUAAGCGCAAAUUCUAAAUGAAUGUGUAUGUCCGCCUUAUGAAACUUGUUUUUACUUGUUCUUUAAAGGUAGCUGAAUUUAUUUUACGCGGUAUAUACACGACACAGUUAGCUCUGUGUGCUCACAGGGUAAAUGUUUCUUGUGUCGACUCGAAUGUCUGCCUUAACAGACAAGCGUUAGGCGAGGGUGUUUAUAGACUUAUAAAAAUGAUAUGCAAUAACUAUAUUCUGUUAAAAAGAACAUACAAUGAGAUGUUGACAGUCUUAAACACUCUUGUCCAUGGUCGCUUAGUUGAUAUAUCAGCUGUAAAUAGUUACUAGUGAUAAGUUAUACUGCCAACUAGUGUAAGGCUUCUGUGGCUUGUCAUAGUCAUCGCCUUUGCGAAUGAUGCCGAUAGGGGGCGCCAGAGAACCACAAAAUCCUGGAGAAUAGACAUCAUAGCUCUCGGCUGCCUUAUCCACUGAGAGGGUCUCCAGCGGGAAUCCAGCGGCGCUGAGAAGAAAUGUGGAUAACAAGUUACAACCAAUGCUAUUGGUUAAUUCCUGCACGUCUCCUCUCAUCUCCGCCUCAGUGGAAAAGCAGCCUUUCAAUCCUUUUUUUAUGAGAACAAACUUUUACGAUAUACCUGAUACUUAUAAUUUUGUAAUGAGUGAAUUAUUUAACCACCCAUGACUAAUGCAUGACUUGGAUGUGAUAGAAUUUCUUUUCAUUAAUCUUAUCUUGAUUCGUUCAUUCAUUCACGUAUUCCUAUUGCUGAUUGAUUUCACGGAAUUUAUUAACUUUGUACUGUUGUAAAAUUUCACAUGCAAAUAAUAUACCUACUUGUGUCAAUUCGAGCUACUUUUAUCCUACAUUGGUUAAAUAUGCGUUUGAAUUUCGAACGCGAUUACCUAUUAAAAAAUUACCACAGACAAGAAAAUAAUAUGUAUUUAAUCUACUUUUUUGAAAUAUGGUAUUUAUGGUUGCUUGGCGCUCUCUAUCGGUAUUUCUCUGCUAACCCAUGGCUGAUGCGAGAU